AGCCAUAGAGAGAGAGAGGACAGUGCCUCUGAGAGCGAGAAGAAUAGACCAAAGCAGUUAUGGCUUUUAGCAUAUUUACUAUUUUAAGACUCAUCCUGGGCCUCUUUUUCGCCGUUACCGGGGCAGUAAAACUGACUGAUCAGAUAUCUGCUGAUGUUUACAAACAGAUGAAACAUGAGUUUGUGCUGUUUGCUGAUGUCUUCCCCCUCAAAGAUUUUGGGGUUAAGCCAGAGCCGGAGGAGUACAUGCUUAUAUGUGGCUGUAUAGAGUUGGUGGCAGGGAUCCUUCUUGCCUUUGGACCCCAAAUCCUGCAAGAGAUCAGUAACUUUGUGCUGUGCAUUGUAAUGAUUGGUGCCAUCUACAGUCUUCUGGUGCUGAAGGAACCGCUUGCCCAUUGUGCUCCAGCUACGGUGUGCUUAGGACUUCUUUUUCUCAUCAGCAUCCGGGGACGCGGCAGAAAAAUCAAAUCUAAGGGGGAAUGAAGAGACACAGUUGUUAACUGACCAAUCAUUAUAUGGACUCCUUUAAAACUGAUUGAGGGGCUUUUGUUUAUAGCUUUUGGGGAACAAAUCAGGGUUAAAGGAGCAAUGCUCCAAUGCUACCAACACUUGUUUUCAGCUCAGUGCAUUUCCACUCCAUUACUGUCUUUAAAGGGACAUUAAACUCUAAAUUUUUCUUGCAUGAUUAUAAUAGAGAAUACAAUUUGAAAAAAGUUUCCAAUUUACUUCUAUUUUAAAUUUGCUUUAUUCUCAUUUGUUAGAGAUAUCUAGAGAACAUGUCUAGGGCACUACAUGACAGGAAAUAGUACUGCCAUCUAGUGCCCUUGCUAAUGUAUGACUGGUGCAAUAUAGUGCUGACGUAUAGACACAUGCAUACACCUGAACUUGCCUUCCUGCAUUUUUAACAAAGGAUAACGAAAAACAAAGAAAAUUUGAUAAUGGAAGUCAAUUGGAAAGUUGUUUUAAAUUCUAUGAUCUAUCUGAUUGAUGAAAGAAAAUGUUGGGUUUUAUGUCCUGUUAAUUAUGUUUAACACCUUUAGGGUUGGUUAAACAGUUGCAUGCAAGCAAUAGUGCUUUAAUAAAAUUCUCACUCUCAUUGGAUUAUUUUGUUGCACUUUUUAGAUCUUUUUUUAAUUCUUCAAAAAUUUCAUAACAGAUAUUAAGGCUAGGGAUAUCGCCCUUUUUCUGAUAUCUAUAAAUUGACCCUUUGUACUGGAUUACAUUUUCAGCUUCGUUCUACCAACCUCAUCCUUUUUGUCAUAUUCAACUUAAGAAUAUCUGUCUUUCCUUUUUGUACAGAGUAUAAUGUGUUUUUUGUGGCUUUACUGUACAUGCUGCCUGUUUAAGUAAAUAAGACCUCUGAUAUUCCAGUAAUAAAACUGGAUAUUCACUUUACAUUUCAGAAUUGAUGAUUAUGAUGACCGACAACCAAUAGGGUAAUUUACUUUGCCCAUUAAUCUCUAUAAGCUGCAUGAUUACUUGGUUUAUAUUGGUUUCCUGGAAAUUAUAUAAUAUGAAUUUUAAGGGACAUGUAAGUAAUGCAUUACAUUUUAUGCAUCACUUCCAUUGUAGAAUGAAAAAGUUUUAGCACGUUACUGGUUUAAAACAGGUCAUUACAAAUAUACUAAAAUGUUUGCUUUUUUGAGAUGGUGCCAUGUAUCUGUGUAGCCAAUAAGAGGCUGUAUUGAAUGUGCACAGUACUGCACAACUUGGUCAUAAAAGGAGAGCAUGAAAAGACCAUCAUUUAUGCAAUUCUAAGAGCUAUGCAUCACUGUUUGUUUAAGUAAUGGAUCUAAUACAUUAAACAUAUCUGUUCCAUGUUUAUUUAGGUCCUAUGUCUGUCUAUAUUAUCUUAUAAGAAAUUUGUAUUCACAAUAUUUUCUUAUUUUACAGUAUUAAAUUUUCUGGUAAAUAUUAA